AUGGUAAACCUUCAGAGCACCUGUCACAUGUUCCCUAUGGAACCAUUAUCUCAUAUAUAUACUGACAAUCAGCGCGUCAUCAUUCACGUUAAAGAUGUAAACGAUGAACCUCCUUACUUCAUCAACCGUCCACUACCUAUGCAGACUGUGGUACAACUUAAUGCUGCUCCCAAUACCCCAGUUUUUACUCUUCAAGCAAGGGAUCCGGAUACGGAUCACAAUAUCCAUUAUUUCAUCGUAAGAGAUAGAACCGGAGGGAGAUUCGAAGUUGACGAACGAUCUGGAGUGGUCCGCACGAGAGGGACUGAUCCCUUCCAGUUGGAUAUGGAGUAUGUUUUGUAUGUGAAAGCCGAAGAUCAGAGCGGUCGUGUUGAUGAAAGGCGAUUCCAGUCUACUCCUGAGGAGCGGCUUAGUAUAGUUGGUGGCAAGCGAGCUCCCCAGUUUUACUUGCCAAGUUACGAGGCCGAGAUAGCGGAGAACCAGAAAAAAGAUUCAGAUAUUAUAUCUGUAAAAGCAAAGUCAUUUGCGGAUAGAGAAAUCCGUUACACCCUCAAGGCCCAAGGGCAAGGCGCUGGCACAUUCAAUAUCGGUCCUACUUCGGGCAUAGUCAAGUUGGCGAAGGAAUUGGACUUCGAAGACUUGAGGCAGCCUCAUGUGUAUUCUUUGGUUGUUACGGCAACCGAAGAUUCCGGCGGAUUCUCCACGUCUGUUGAGUUAACGAUUCGCGUUACGGACGUCAAUGACAAUGCACCCAAAUUCGAGUUGCCUGAUUACCAGGCUCAUAACGUCGACGAAGACAUUCCUCUGGGCACCAGUAUCCUCAAAGUUAAAGCCAUGGACGCCGAUUCAGGAAAGAACGCCGAAAUAGAAUAUCUUGUUUCAGAUGAUCACUUCAGCGUCGAUUCUAAUGGAAUUAUAACAAAUAACAAACAAUUAGAUGCCGAUAAUAACAACGCUUACUAUGAGUUUGUUGUAACUGCAAAAGAUAAAGGAGAGCCUGCUAAGACCGGAACAGCUACAGUUAGGGUUUACACAAAGAACAAAAAUGACGAAGAGCCCAAGUUUUCGCAACAAGUAUACACUCCUAAUGUUGACGAAAAUGCAGGACCAAAUACGUUAGUCACUACUGUAGUAGCAUCGGAUAAAGAUGGCGAUAAUGUUCGAUUUGGGUUCGUUGGUGGUGGUACUAGUUCAGGACAGUUUGUUAUAGAAGAAAUUACUGGUGUGAUUCGACUGCAUAAUAAAGCUAUAUCAUUAGACAGAGACAAAUACGAACUUAACGUCACAGCGAUGGACGACGGUGCUUGUUGUGUCAACGGAGAUGCUACGAUACAUACAUCAACCGCUGUCGUGGUAGUUUUUAUAACAGACGUUAAUGAUAACAAGCCUAUAUUCAAGGAUUGUCCCAGUUUUUCAAAAGUCGAAGAAGGGGCGCCAAACGGUAGCCCCGUUAUUAAAGUGCAUGCUACUGACGAAGAUAAAGGGGUGAAUGGUCAAGUAAAGUAUUCUAUUGUUCAACAACCAAAUCAAAAAGGUACGAAAUUUACUGUGGAUGAAGAAACCGGAGAAGUAUCAACAAAUAAAGUAUUCGACAGGGAAGGCGACGAUGGCAAGUUUGUGUCGGUAACAGUAAAAGCGACAGACCAGGGCGAACCUUCAUUAGAAGGCGUUUGUUCAUUUACUGUAGAAAUAACAGACGUGAAUGAUAAUCCUCCACUAUUCGACAGACAAAAAUACGUGGAGAAUGUUAAACAAGAUGCUAGUAUAGGCACAAAUAUAUUAAGAGUUUCCGCAUCUGAUGAAGAUGCGGAUAAUAACGGUGCUAUAGUUUAUACUCUAAGCGCACCAUAUAAUCCAGCUGAUAUAGAAUAUUUUGAAAUUCAGCCUGAAUCUGGCUGGAUAGUUCUGAAGAAACCUCUGGACCGAGAAACAUACAAGUUGGAGGCUAUGGCUCAAGACAAGGGCUUCCCGCCCUUGUCCAGAUCCGUCGAGGUCCAGAUAGAUGUAGUGGAUCGCGCUAACAAUCCCCCCGUGUGGGACCACACCGUGUACGGCCCGGUCUACAUUCGAGAAAAUUUGCCCGUGGGUGCCAAAGUGGUGUCCGUGAAAGCAAGCUCGGGCAUUGAAAACAAUCCGACCGUGUUUUACCGCUUGAUGCCCGGAUCGACGGCUCAGACUAAUAAAUUCCAUACAUUCUAUUUGCAACAAAGAGCCGAUAAUGGAUUUACUUGGGCAGAUAUAAAAGUAAAUCACCCAUUGGACUAUGAAAGCAUUAAGGAAUACAAUCUAACUAUUCGAGUUGAG